GUACGAAUAAAAAAGAUUAAUUAAGAAAAAACCUGAACCACAAAAAACAAAAACCUGAACCACCAAAUUCCGACAUUUCACCUUGUUAAGCAACCUGCAGACUGACAUAAAGAAAAUGGGUGUUUUCUGCGAAGUUCCAAAUGUGUUCGAACCUGUGGAAACAACCACCUUGGAAUGGGUAUUCGAACACCUCUUCAGAUUUCGGCCAUACAGCCCAUACUCCUGUGGUCGGUACCAGCAGCCCUCAUGGGACGCCGCCCUCCUCUCCUUCCGCGGUGAUGGUGGUGGGCGGCCGGCCGUCCCCGGCACCCACCCCAGUGCUGGGUCCUCCGCCCAUCCGCGCCUACUAUGGGGGCACUUGGCAUCAGCAUUACUAUACUACCACACCUCAUCCUCCUCAUCCUAACCCCCACCAGCAGCAGCACCCCAGUUCCACCCCCGCCACUCCCAUGGCCGCCCAUACGCCCAUGUUGCCCCACGGGCCUUCUCCGUUGGUGCGGUCGGGAUCUGUGCCUGGUGAAGGAGGCGGGUCGAGUGUGACUGGGGAGGCUGACGAUCAACUGCCGCCCCUGAGACCUCCCCGAGCCACCGACGCUGAGUCAGUGGUUGCGGGUGUGGGUAUGACAGGGCGUGGGAUGUCCCGCUCAGUCUCAGACUCGACUCUUCGUCAGGCUGCCUCGAGGGCAGCCCUUCAUCUUCCCCUCCCUGUCACCUCUCUUAUGCAUUUCAAGAAGGAACUGAGUUUGGUUCGUCGUGGUAGUCGGGUGCCUCCUGGUCAGAGGAAGAGUUUCAUUGCAACAACUUCUCCAACCCUCCCACGAUGCCACUCACCCCUUAGUCAGAGUAGCCCUAUGGAAUCUCCUAGGAAUAUGUCCCCUCUGCAGCACUUUGCCUUUGCCCCAGUCAAGAGUCGAGAUGGCCGCCGUUGGUCUGUGGCAUCUCUUCCUUCCUCAGGAUAUGGAACCACUCCCGGAUCUUCUAACGUAUCUUCUCAGUGUUCAAGUCAGGAAAGGCUGCACCAAAUUGGAGCUGUGGCAGGAGCAAGUGGGGGUAGUGAAGCCCCUGGGCCUGGCACAGCUUCUGCCACUGGUUCUCCAGCUGUUGAGGAGCUUCGACAUUCCCACGUCCGUCAUUUCUCCUCAGGGGAGAGUAACCCAUCCAUCGAUGAAGAUGGCCGUCGCUCUCCCAUGAAUCGUCCUCGUUCACGGUCCCUCAGUCUGGCCUGGCUGUGCAUCUCCACACUUGAUAGUCCUAUUCGAUCUCCUGUGGUUGACAAUGAAAUUAUAAUGAUGAAUACAUUGUACAAAGAACGCUUCCCCAAGGCCACACAGCAGAUGGAAGAAAGAUUACUGACUUUCAUAGAGGACAAUAAAUCUUUAGAAGUACAGGGAAGUCCUGAUAUAGCGCAAGAUUCUGUAGCAAUUGCUCGUUUUGUACAUCACCAAGUUCUGGAAAUGGCUAAAGAUUGUCUUCAAAAGUCACAAGAAAAGUUGAUUACCAGCAGAUACUUCUAUGAACUGUCAGAGAACCUUGAGAAGCUUUUGUCAGAGACCCGAGAGAAAUCACCAGAUGCUGCAGCCCACUUGACAUCUCUGAUUAAAAAGCUAUUACUGAUAGUUUCAAGACCAGCAAGACUUCUUGAGUGUUUGGAGUUUGAUCCAGAAGAAUUUUAUCAUUUGCUUGAACAAGCAGAGGGUCAGGCAAGAACAAACCAAGGAAUCAAGACUGACAUCCCUCAGUAUAUUAUAACAAAACUGGGUCUCAACAGAGACCCCUUAGCAGAAUUGAGUGAUGAUCUGACAGUUGGCUGUCCCUUAGAAGAGAGCUUAUCUAGUGACAAGAGUGCAGCUGGCAGUGUCAGCAAAACUUCAUCUGAAUUUUCUCCUGAACAGUCUUCCACACCUUCUAAACCUACUCCUAAAGAGGAGGAGUAUGAAAAUGUCAAGCUUAUAUCUAAUGGAGCUUACGGAGCAGUGUACCUUGUUAGACACAAAAUUACUAAGGAGCGCUUUGCCAUGAAGAAGAUCAGCAAACACAAUCUCAUGCUGAGAAACCAGGUUGAGCAAGUCUUCAAUGAGAGAGAUAUCAUGAGUUUUACUGAUAAUCCUUUUGUGGUGUCGAUGAUCUGUAGCUUUGAGACCAAGCGUCAUUUAUGUCUUGUCAUGGAGUAUGUAGAAGGAGGAGAUUGUGCCACACUUCUGAAGAAUAUGGGUCCCUUGCCACCUGAGGUAUGGGGCAAAAAAUUCUACUUUUAUUUGGCAGAAGACAGUUCUUGGCAGAUAGUAGUACACUUGCACAGCUAUGGAAUUGUACAUAGGGAUUUAAAACCAGACAACUUAUUGAUAACUGCUCUUGGGCACAUUAAGCUCACUGACUUUGGUUUAAGUAAGAUGGGAUUAAUGUCCUUGGCAACUAACCUUUAUGAAGGGUACAUUGAUAAAGAGACCAGGCAGUUUUCAGAUAAGCAAGUGUUUGGCACACCCGAAUACAUUGCUCCAGAGGUUAUACUGAGGCAAGGAUAUGGAAAACCAGUUGAUUGGUGGGCUAUGGGAGUAAUAUUAUAUGAAUUUCUCAUUGGAUGUGUCCCAUUCUUUGGAGAUACACCAGAGGAACUUUUUGCUCAUACGGUAAAUGACGAUAUAGAAUGGCCAAGUGAAGAUGAAGGGAUGGUCCCAGAAGAAGCUAAAGACUUGAUCACUGCGUUACUGCACCACUCGCCCCUAGAUCGUUUAGGAACAGUUGGUGGGGCGUUGGAGGUUAAAGAACACAUAUUCUUCCUGAGUAUUGACUGGGAUUCUCUCUUAAGAAUGAAGGCAGAAUUUGUACCUCAGUUGGACCAUGAUGAAGAUACAAGUUACUUUGACACACGCCUUGAUCGUUACAAUCAUGAAUUGGAAGAAGACAGUGAAGAAGGGGGUGAGCCAGAAGGAGGAGCUUUCCCCUCAUUUUCCUCAUGUUCUCCAAGGUAUCACAGAAUUGCCAGUACACAUUCUACAGAUACACCAGAACUGAUUACGAGCUUCCAGACUGAACAGUCUAAUGAAACUCCACCCACGGAGGGUGAUGGAAGAGGUAGUGUGUCCAGAGGGGAUUCGGGGCAUAGUGACCAGUCUGAAUCCUCUCGUUCAACUCUUGAGUCAUCCACCAAUACUCCUGAUACAGAGAACAGAGAUCUUCCUGCAACCCCUGAUGUAACAAGAGGUAAGCUAGAAGGAGUUCCUGUUUGCCAGAGUACUCCUGAGUCAUCCCAGACAGAAAGUGAAGAUGUCUCACCUCAGGUCCAGAGAAGACGCCGACUUCACUCCCACUCAAAAGAGUCCUUACCAAGAUUUUCAAUAUCAGGGGAAGAAGAUUUAUUAAGGUAUUGAUUAAAACCAGUUUUU